GAUUGUUUUCUGCUGCAGAUGUAAUACAGCUGAGCGUCACUAAAGUGUACUUCAUUAACCGCGCAGCGUAACGCGCAGAUCGCACAGGCAAGAAUGGAAAGGAAUAAGACCUAUACAUCUAUUUAAAUGCACAGAUAUGCAUUGCACCCAAACAAGAGAAACCCGAUUUUAAACUCUCUUUAACAUCACCGCGUGUGUUUUACCGCCUUUUAGAGUCUGGAUGUUACUCGUCUGCGUUUUACGCGGACUUCGGAUGAGUAUUUUUUCUAGAGGAGCGUCCGAGUGAACCGCGCGGAAUUGUUUUUCUUGUAGGCAGUUACAAGUAAGUUAAAGUUUCACAUCAUGGGCACUCUCCUGGCAUUAAUAGCGUUGCUCUCCCUGAGCGCAUCGCGGGGAUGCCAACUGCCCCACGACUGGAGACCUCAGACGGAAGCGUGCCGCGCAGAGCUGGCGGAGAUCAUAGUCUUUGCCAAGGUGCUCGCUCUCCACAAGGAGUCUUACAGCGUUUACAACUACCUGCCGUGGCAGUACGACACGGAUCUCUUCUUUUCCGCGGAGAUCGAGCUGCUGUGCGAUCAGGCAUGGGGCAGCAUGCUGGAAGUGCCAGCCGGGUCCAGAUUCAAUGUCAGUGGGUUGGGAUAUUUCCCCUGCUACUCGUACAGUGUUAUGGAGAACAACUCGUACUAUUUCUUUUUAAGAAUGGAUGAAAACUACAGCAUCAUUCCCCACGGAGUCAACUUCCAGGAUCCCAUCUUCCCUGACACGCUGGAGAACCAUCGCAUGUUUGCCAGCUUGUUCCAAUUUUCCAACUGCACAGCUGGCACACAGGUUCACAUGUACACCCCAGACUGGGAAGUGCAGGAGGACAACAGAUUAUGGUGCUCCAAUGUGCAGAAGGCCUUAUUCGAGGAGGAAGAGAAAGUCAAAAACCUCUCUCAGAAAGUAAAGGUCCUGGAGAAAGCCAACAAUCACCUGAGGGACAAGGUGAAGAACAUGAAACGUCUCUUGAGGCAGGCCAAACGUGAGACCAAAGAGCCAGCACAAAGCUUCAAACAGCUUCAUGAAGCUGAACAAGAGUUAAGACAUCCACAACAGGACACCACCCAGGAUCAAAAGUCCACUCUCAGGAAUAUCCUUCCUAAAAAUCUUAAGAACUAAAAGCCAUUUCCUGUUACAGGCAAACAUAAAAAACAAUGUUUUGACUUCACAAUCAUUAAAAUAUCAUGAUUAUCAAAAUGUGAAAAUAUUUUUACAUUGCCAUUUUUAACCACGAGUUGAAGUAAAAGCCUUUUUUUAUGGAAAAAAAAUCUGACUAGAAGCAGAUGUUGUUGUUAAUCAGGCAGAGCCUGACAAGAUAUAGCACAGUGUUUUGAAUUUAUUUGGACAUGUGUUUAUAUGGAAAUACAUUUUGGCACAAUGUAGCAACACUGACUUCAGUCUACAAAAUAAAAUAAAAUAAAAUAAGAAAAGAAAAGAAAAGAAAAGAAAAGAAAAGAAAAGAAAAGAAAGAAUGCUUUUCACAUUAAUAUUGAAGUCUUUUAGCUUAAAACUCCAAGAAACAUUUACUGUUGAGUACAAGACAGACCCAAAGAAAUCUGGUGUUGAGAUUUUGUGCAUUUCCAUAAAAGUCUUUUUUGACUUUCCAUGGCUAAAAUAUAACCUCCUUUUUACAUUUGACUAGUUUUAUAUUAUCUUAUGCGUUUCAUAAUUGCAAACAUGGUGCUGAGCACUUGAUAUAUGUAAUCUUUACUUAGUAAAGCUCAUAUUAAAAUUGAAAGUGUUCAUCAUUUAAAGAACAAU